AAGGGGCUUUUGUCUUCCAGGAGGCCGGGGCUGAGUAGGCAGCCCUGCGCGGGGUGCACGAGGGCCGUGGGCUGUUCGGCGGUAACCGAGCCCGACCCCUUGGCAUUUGCUGCCUCCACCGCUUCCCACGGCGGGAACAAGCGGCGCGUUCUGCAGGCGGCGGCGGGAGAAGAAAGGCCGCCUUGUCCGUGCGAGCAGUGGGGCGCCGGCUGGGGCGGCCGCGCUCCCGCCCCGCAUUCCUGCAGCGGAGCGGCUGGAGAGGGGCUGCUUCCCCGGCAGCACGGGCUGGGCUGACGCGGGCGUUCCCUGCGCGCUGACGAGACAGCCUGUGUCCGGUACCAUUCGACGCCUCCAGGAAGGCACCAUGGAGGCACCAGGCAGGACCCCCGCCAGCCCAACCCGCAGAGUCCAGACUGUCAUCCAGAACAGUCCCCUGGACCUGAUUGACACGGGCAAGGGGCUGAAAGUGCAGACAGAGAAGCCACAUUUGGUGAGCCUGGGCAGCGGCCGGCUCAGCACUGCCGUCACACUCCUGCCGCUGGAGGAAGGGAGGACCACCGUUGGCACAGCUGGGACCGACAUCGUCCUGCAGGGCGCCGGGCUGGCGCCCCAGCACUGCUACAUCGAGAACGUGCGAGGGACACUCACCCUGCACCCCUGUGGCAACGCCUGUGCCAUCGACGGCGUGCCGCUGCAGCGGCCCACGCACCUCACCCAAGGGUGCACCAUCUGCCUGGGCCAGGCCACCUUCCUCCGCUUCAACCACCCUGCUGAGGCCAAGUGGAUUAAGAGCAUGAUCCCCGCGGGGGGCAGGAACCCAUCGGCUCUCUAUGGGCUACCAGCAAAAUCCGAGGCCCUGUUGAAUGGUGGCCACCAGCUGUCAGAGCGUGGGUGUCACAGCCACAGCUCCCUUGUCAGUUCCAUUGAGAAGGACCUGCAGGACAUCAUGGACUCACUGGUGCUGGAGGAAUCCACAACCCCUGGCAUCCAGAAGCCGCCUGCCUGCGGCCGAUCCCCCCUCUCCCCUGUGGUGAACGGGGGUGGCCGCUGCCUCCUGUCCCCCCCACCCAGCCCUGGGGCUGCCUCAGGGGGCUCCAGCUAUGAGAACUUCUCUCCCCUCUCCUCCCCAGCCAGCAGCAGUAGCUACACCAGCCCCUCACUCAGCAGCCAAGAGCAAGGCCCGGCCGUGCCGCCCCCUCUCCCACUGCGCUCCUCCAGCUACAACCAUACUGUCCAGCCGCCCACUCUGCCUGCUGGCAGUUCUGGUGAGCCCUGGCCAGCUGAGAGGCUCGGGGACCACCGCGGGGGCAGCCCCCGGCUGACGCCCAGGGUGGCGCCGCGGCCGCGGGUGGCCCUGCAGGAGCGGCCCCCCAGUCCCUUCCGGGAGCCACGGGACUCUCUGGCCGCCGGCCGGCAGCCCGCCAGCAGGGCAGCCCCAGAGGCCCGGCUGCAGCCCCCCGAGAGCCCACGGGUCGCCCGGAGGAACCUCGAGAGCAUGCGGGAGCUGCCUCCCCUGAGUCCUUCCUUGUCACGCCGGGCUGCCAGCCCCCGGCUGGCCCCUGACGCCCCCUCCCCGCAGCCCCGGCUGGGCAGGGACGUGCCUGGCAGUCCCCGUGCCAGGCGCAAGGGCCCGGAGGAGUCGAAAGGUGCUGGGGGUCCUUCACCCCCGCUGCUGGCAGAGAACCCCACGCGCCGUCCCAGUUUCAGUACUUGCCUGAGCCCCACGUAUGGGCUGGGCUCCCCGCCUGUGCCCUCGCCCCGGCAGAGCCCCCGCGCCCCCAGGAAGCCUUUGGGGGACCCACGGCUGCCAGCGGGCUCACGGGAGCGCAAGAACAGCAUCACUGAGAUCAGUGACAAUGAGGAUGAACUGCUGGAGUACCAUCGGCGGCAGCGGCAGGAGCGGGUUCGGGAGCAGGAGAUGGAGCGCCUGGAGCGUCAGCGCCUGGAGACCAUCCUGAACCUCUGUGCUGAGUACACCAAGACAGACGGCACUGAGCCCGGUGACACGCACAGGCUCCUGGCUGGUGACACGGAUGCUGGCCAGUGGGCGCCCAGGGGUGCCAUAGCUCUGGGCCACGCUGUCGAAGAGCUGCAACAGAGGGAGAGUGUGGAGAGAUCAGAUGAGGAGAACCUGAAGGAGGAGUGCAGCAGCACGGAGAGUACCCACCACGAGCACGAGAAGCUGACAGGACCCCGGGCCAAGGAGGCACAGCGGCUGGAGGAGGAGCGUGCUGGUGUCCUCGGACGCCUGGAGCAGCUGAAGGGUCGUGUCAAGGAGCUGGAGCAGCAACUGCAGGAGACAUCACGAGAGGCAGAGAUGGAGCGGGCGCUGCUGCAGGGUGAGCGGGAGUCGGAGGUGCUGCGGCUGCGGCAGGAGCAGGAGGCAGCGCAGCAGCUGCAGGAGAAGCUCUCCAGCCUGGAUGCCAGCAUCCGCAAGGAGCGGGACAAGGAAAGGGCAAAGGUUGAUGCUGAAAGGAAGGAGCUAGAGCAACUCCAGGCGCUUUACCAUGAGUCGAAGAGCCACCUUGCUAAGUGCCCCGAGUCAAUGCGGGAGCAAUUGCAGGAGCAGAUGCGAAGGGAGGCAGAGGCACUGGAGACGGAGUCCAAGCUGUUUGAGGACCUGGAGUUCCAGCAGCUGGAGCGAGAGAGCCACCUGGAAGAGGAGCGGGAGGCGCGAGGGCAGCAGCUGCUGCAGAGCCGGGCCGAGUGCCACCGAGACCCUCCACAUCUCAGAACCUUAUGAGCUGUUGGAGGGACCUAAGCCCCUGAGCCCCCUGCCAGCAGCAGCUGCCUCCUUAGCUUCUCCUGCCACCUACUCCUACCCCAAGGCACAAGAGGAGUACAUGAGGCUGUCUGACGUUUUCAGGUUCUGCAGUAAUGCACAUGGCCCCAGCCUGGACACUAAAGCUUCUGCUGCUGCCCCUGCUGCUGCUCAGAGCUCUUUCUUGCUUGCUGUAGCUCCCACAGCCAACGAGUAUGUGACCGUAGAGCAGCUCUCGGGUAUCCUGGGCAGCCUCCACACCCCUGCUGCUUCCCUGCUGGGCUGUACCCCUCCGGCUCCUUCAUCCUCAGGCUGUGCUCCUCCUCAUCCUCCUCUUCCAUCUCUCCCUUCUCCCUUCAUCUCUGCAGAGAUGGAGCAGCAGCUGUUGGGAGGCCCUGUGUGUCUCCCAGCUCUUGAUUUAGAGAAGUGGUACCAGGAGGUUAUGGCUGGGACCUCCUCUUCCUCUGUCUCUCCUUCUUCUUCCCCUCCUCCACUUCCAGCUAAAGCUCACUCCUCUCACAAGGCUCUGCAGGUCUAUCGUGCAAAAGCAGAGGCUGGUGCUGGUGUCCUCACCCCUCGGAUGAAGAGCGGGACGCCUUCGUCCUCGCAGCUCAACCUCUCGGUGCUGGAGCGCAGCCCCUCUCCCAAGGGCCCCCCCAGCCCGGCGGGCAGCCUGUCCCGCAACCUGGUGGCCACGCUGCAGGACAUCGAGACCAAGCGCCAGCUGGCCCUGCAGCAGAAGGCCAAGCUGCUCCCAGCAGAGCCCUUGCAGCCAGGCAAUCUACCAGGUCGGCAGGUGAUCGAGGAGCAGAAACGGCGGCUGGCAGAGCUGAAGCAGAAAGCGGCUGCCGAGGCACAGUCCCAGUGGGAAGCCCUGCAUGGGCAGCCCCCCUUCCCCACUGCCUUCCCCCGGCUUGUGCACCACUCCAUCCUUCACCACAGCCGUCCCCAUGGUGCCGGACCCCGGGCUGAGGAGCUGGACCACGCCUAUGACACGCUCAGCCUGGAGAGCUCAGACAGCAUGGACACCAGCAUCUCCAUUGGCAACAACUCCGCGUGCUCGCCUGACAAUAUCUCCAGUGCCAGCGGGAUGGAGACAGGGAGGAUUGAGGAGAUGGAGAAGAUGCUGAAGGAGGCACACGAGGAGAAGUCACGGUUGAUGGAGUCCCGGGAGCGGGAGAUGGAGCUGCGGCAGCAGGCGCUGGAGGACGAGCGCUGGCGGCGGGAGCAGCUGGAACGCCGGCUGCAGGAUGAGACCGCGCGGCGGCAGAAGCUGGUGGAGAAGGAGGUCAAGCUGCGGGAGAAGCACUUCUCACAGGCUCGUCCCCUGACACGGUACCUCCCCAUCCGCAAGGAGGAUUUCAACCUGCGGCUGCACAUCGAGUCAUCGGGCCACAACGUUGACACCUGCUACCACAUCAUCCUGACAGAGAAGAUGUGCAAGGGCUACCUGGUGAAGAUGGGUGGGAAGAUCAAAUCUUGGAAGAAGCGCUGGUUUGUCUUUGACCGCAUGAAGCGCACCCUCUCCUACUAUGUGGAUAAACAUGAGACAAAGCUGAAGGGUGUUAUCUACUUCCAAGCCAUUGAAGAGGUUUACUAUGACCACCUCCGCAGUGCUGCCAAGAGCCCCAACCCUGCGCUCACUUUCUGUGUCAAGACCCACGACCGACUGUACUUCAUGGUGGCACCAUCAGCCGAGGCCAUGCGCAUCUGGAUGGACGUCAUUGUCACCGGGGCAGAGGGCUAUACCCAGUUCAUGAACUGAGGGCGGUGCUGUGCAUCCCAGAUCCACCAGCUGCAUGGACUUGUGAGCCUCCCAAGCAGCGAGGAGCUCCUGAGGGACCGUGGUCCCUGCUACGCCUCCUGCCAAGGGCUGUGCACACCAAUGUCACGGACCUGCGUUGGGCACAGCUGGCUGGUCCUGAGUGUUGCCUGUCCAGGCAAGGGAAUAAGGUUUUUUUUAUGCUGACUUUGUAGAAACAAACUUUGUUGGAACAAUAUCAAAGUGCUGAAAUGUAAAAAGCUGCCAUAGAGCUGCUGGGACCUGAGCCCUCUGCCUUGGGGAGGUGCUGGUUUUGAGGCUGAUGCUGAUUGUUACUGCCACAGUGUUCCAGGGAAGGAGACGGUGGGGGCUCCCCAGCCCCGUGUGGCCGGGAUGUCCACUGUGUAGACUCAGACCCCUUUUGUAAACCUUUUAGAAUUUCGGAGCGUUGUCCCCCUGUGCUGGGGCCGGAUGGGGGUUGUGGCGCUGACUGCCCGGUCUUAAAGCAUUUGUGAACCAGG